CUGGUUCACGCGAAAUCUCAUCCGUCUAGGUGUAUAAAAGGAAAUCAAGGUACCGCCCAUGCGAAACUCUGGCGACAAAUAGUGAACAGUUCGCUUCCGCUCAAGUUUUAUUUUGAUAUAGGACAGCAUUUGGAAGAUGAGGCUGCUGAAGAGCUGCAAAAUCUGCCGGAAAAUCCAACAUGGCACGAUUUGAUAUUCAUUAAAUACCGUAAAUUUGUUGCUAUGCUUAUUCCAUUCCUUAUAGUGCAGUCUAUUUGGUGGAUGAAUGCGAUUCGAUGGAAUUUCUUUCGAUGGUACCCAGAUUAUUGGCAUAUGCCUGUAACUAUGCUUCUUGGCUCAUUCGUAGGAGGAACUCUUGGCGCUAUUCCAGGUUUCAUCAUUGGAGUGCAUUUCAUAGACCCACUUUUCAACGGGCCACAAAAGAAAAUGAUGUUCGUAGCGAUUUGGACCGCGUUUGCUAUCGCGCUAGCUAUUCUAAACUCGCAGAAGAGAGCCACAUUCAGGGAGAUUCCAGAAUUCUGCUUUUGGAAGGGAUUUGUGUUGUUCGUUACAGGAGUUGUAGGAGGAACUCUUGGCGCUAUUCCAGGUUUCAUCAUUGGAGUGCAUUUCGUAAAUAGAUCCAUUUUCAAUGGGCCACAAAAGAAAAUGAUGUUUGUGGCGAUUUGGACCGCAUUUGCUAUCGCGCUAGCUAUUCUAAACUCGCAGAAAAGAGCCACAUUCAGGGAGAUUCCAGAAUUUUGCUUUUGGAAAGGAUUUGUACUGUUUGUUACGGGAUUUGUUGGAGGAGUAUUCGACGCUUUUGCGGGAUCUGGUAUUGACAUCUGCAUUUUCUCGAUCAUCACUCUUCUAUUCCGUGUUACCGAAAAAACUGCCACACCUACUACUGUAGCACUUAAAGGAAUAUUUGACGCUUUUGCCGGAUCUGGUAUUGACAUCUGCAUUUUCUCAAUCAUCACUCUUCUAUUCCGUGUUACCGAAAAGACCGCCACACCCACUACUGUAGCACUUAAAGGAAUCAACGCUGUUAUUGCAUUCUACUAUCGUGCUGCCAUGAUGGCGGACAUUUCCGAAAUGGCCUGGAAAUACUUUGCACUCACGAUUCCCGUAGCAUCCGCUAUGGGUCCUCUUGGAAGUUUUCUUGGGUCGCACCUUCACAGACAGGCUGUUGCCAGUUUCGUCUAUAUUCUUGAAGCCGUCGCAUUGAUCGGGUUUCUCUUCACAAAACCUGGUUGGCAACUGAUUGCUGCUGGAGCCGUCGCAUUGAUCGGAUUUCUCUUCACAAAACCUGGCUGGCAGUUGAUUGCUGCUGGAGGCUGUAUCAUCUUGGGAGGUUUCGUGUUCUUUUCGUUUAUCUCAAAAUCUGGUCAAUACCUCCUCAAUAACAUUGAAGAGAAGGAUAAACAACGACAACAAACCAGAAAUGUCUAA